CUCCAAGACAAGGUUCAGAGCCUUGAAACUGAAAAUUCGAGAUUGAGAUCUCAAUUGAAACUCCAAUCCAGCCAUCACCCCACUUCCCCUGUUGCCUUACCCCGAGGAAUUCAGGAACCCGAAACACAUUCUGUCCCCGCUACUCAGCCAGCUGGCCCUAUUGAUUGGGCCUCCAUUGUUACUCGCCCAGCAAAAAAAAUCCGCCCGCCCACACCAAAAAAGGUGGAAGCCAUCUCCCGAUGCUUCAACCCCACACCUACUGGUCCACAAGGUUUCCAGUACAUCUACCUCCACCGCUCCCGUCGCCUCACACAUGUCGAAUGCCGUAAGAACCUCCGUCUCUUGGGAGCUGAACCCAGCCGCAUCCUUGACAUUAUGUUCCCAGCUCGUAAUGUUGUAGGACUUUUAGUCCACAUCCAAUACCAAGAAGAGUUCCUCCAGAUAUUAGCUAAGGCUAACGUCAAGCCUAUCAACAGUGAAUUCGACCCCACGGACGGAAAGCACGUUGCCGACCCAAAAUAUGCCUCCCUUUCCAAUGAUGAACGCAACAUCAAGGCAGCUGAACUUCACCGGGAUCGCUGCCUUCACACCCUCGAAUUCCUUGCUUCCACUCGUCGCCCUCUUCUUCCAGUUGCUAGGGACUUUCUCAACAACGGCUGGAUCUCAGAUGAAGAUUUCUCUGAGGUCCUCAACAGUACCCCCACC